GACUUUAAUCCCCCCCGCGGAAGAGACAUAUGAAACGUCUGCGCGAUCGACGUUGCUUUGAAUCAGCUGUUGAUGGCCGCUUAUAUAUAGAACCGUUUUAAAGUUUUAAUAAUCACCAUGGCGGCAAACAAAGCUGUCACUGUCCUUGCGCCGAAUGGUCGCCGGCAAAAUGUGAAGGUUACGAUGAACACAACGAUCUUGCAGGUUCUGGAGGAAGUAUGCCAGAAGCAGGGUUUCAACGUCGAUGACUAUGACAUAAAACACAAUCGUCAGAUACUAGAUCCUAAUACGAUAUUUCGAUUUACUGGUUUGCCAAAUAACGCUCAGUUGGAAAUGGUAGCCUGUACAAAAACGCGUACCGCGUCGAAUGUUACGAUUGGUAUUCAGUCAGAGAAUGGAGAGAGAAUAAUGCGCGAAUUUCCACCUAAAACAACGUUAGCUCAAGCAUUGUUAGAAAUAUAUCCCGAUUCGGACCUUGAGAGAGCUGUAUUAAUCUACAUGCAUCGAGAAGUAUAUGGGAGAGAAGCAUUAGAAAAGACAACAUUGAAGUCACUAGGCCUCAAUAGUGGAAAGGCAAUAUUACGAUUGAUAUAUCGUGAUCCCGAACAAUUAAAAACUCAAGCACAUGUAUCUACUCCUUUACUUCCAAAGUCAGCGGUGGCAGUGGAUAAUUCAUCAAGCAAUAAAGAUUGUCCCCAAAGAGUGCUAUCAUGUGCACCGCACUGUAGUAAAACACUGGAUGAUGGUGAAUCAAUAAAUGUAUCAAAUGUGGAAAAUCAAAAAUCUGAGAUGAAAAUAGACAAAAAAGAUGAGAAAGUAGAUGUGUUGAAUGAUAAAGAACAAGAAAGGAAUAUUUAUAUGAUAGGAGAAAGUCAUGCCUCUGCAUCCACUCAUAAAGAUCAUAAGAAUGGAAGAGAUCAGUACAAUACAGAGGUGGACACAAAAGUCCAGGAAGAUGUAUACGAAGUGAAGUUUUUAGGGGAGAGAAACGCUCUAGUGUUCAAUCAAGCUGGGACACAGGCAUUGCCAAGGGACGAACUGCCGGAUAACUUCUUCGAACUCGAUCUGCACGACGCGAAGACUCUUUUGCGAGAUGCUAAGCGUCGCAAGGAACAACUCGAGGACGCUCCGCUUCUGACAGAGGCGCAGCGUCAACUAGAACAAGACAAGCGCACUCUGGACCGAUUGCACAAGUAUCGACGUACCGUAAUUCGCGUACAGUUCCCUGAUCAAUUUGUCCUUCAGGGCUUGUUCGGGCCGUUGGAGACUAUUGCAACUGUUAAGAACUUUAUUAAGAAUUAUUUGGAUGAUCCGAAUUGCGAAUUCGUUAUCUAUACUAGCCCGCCAAAGCAUAUUCUAAAUCCUGAUGCGCGAUUAGUAGAUGAAAAUCUUGUUCCCUCUGCUAUCGUUUAUUAUUCUGGGCAGUCGUCACUCAGCUCGAGUGUAAAAGCAAAAUUGACAGAUCCUAGAGCUGCUGGCAUCGAAGCCAUCAGAUCUAGAACCACCAUGACGCGAAAAGAACAAGAUCCAGCGACUGGAGAAGAUAGAGGCACAGUUGUCGAGAGCAGAAGCAAUCGUGUUACUCCGGGACCAAGUGGUAGUGGUAAAUCGUCAUCGUCACCGUCAUCAUCAUCAGCUCGAAAUCAAAACAAGACACCAAAAUGGUUCAAAUAGGCAGGUUUCAAAUAAUUACUUUGCUAAUAGCACCGAGAGAGAGAUGGUUCCUCAUUGUAAUUUAAACAAUAUUCUAUACGAGACUUUUAUGGAAAUUAUCGUUGUACGCGCAGUGGGCAUGUAUGUGUACACAUACAUGUUUCGUUCUUACAGCAAGUCUAAAAUAUAUAAAUCUGUACACAAGAAA